AUGUCAAGACGCAAGGUGCUGGUACGACUUUGUCUCGAACUUCACGCGAUUGGCCUCUUGCCACUGCUUUCAUCUGAAUCCGUCGAGAUAUUCAAGAUCCUAUUCGACGCAGGCGUAGUUGUGAACACGCGAAUGCGUUCCUUGUGUGGCAGCGCUCUCACCUCUACUGCUACUACCGACCCGCUUAAUCCUAAGAUUCUCUAG